CGGUGAAGAUUGAGCACCAGCAAAAUUAUCCUUGUGAGGGUAAAACCCAUGCCCGACGUUUACAAUUACAUGUUUUGUUUGGAAAAAAUGGUGUGGGAGUUGGGUGGGUAAUUCGGCUCAGUCUCACAGUCACAGCCCAUCUUAUCGUUUCCACUCCGAGGGAGAGAAAGAAUGAUGAAGCUUCUACACGUUACGCUUAAGCCUUAUAAGGGAGUCUGCUGUCUCUCCAAGGAGCCAAAUCCAGUUUCUGUUCCUGAAAGUAAUGAUAAAGUUAAGUUUCUCAAGAACUUAGCUCCACCUCUAGUGGCUGCUUUCCUCGCUUUAUCUCCAAUGGCUUAUACCCCAGAUUCACUAGGACAAACCAUAGAUGUACAAAGAGGAGCUUCUUUGUUUGGCAACGCUUGCAUUGGAUGUCAUACCGGAGGUGGAAACAUAAUCCAACCGGGUGCAACACUCUUCCUAAAAGACCUACAAAGAAAUGGACUAGACUCAGAAGAUGAAAUUUACCGUGUUACAUAUUAUGGGAAGGGGAGAAUGCCGGGUUUUGGAGAAAAUUGCACACCUAGAGGUCAAUGUACAUUUGGUGCUCGUUUAAAGGAUGAGGAAAUCAAGCUUUUAGCAGAGUUUGUCAAAUUACAAGCAAAUCAAAACUGGCCAGAAAUAAAUGGCGUUGAUGAAGAUUGAGCCAAACGGAAGAAUCCAGGGUUAAAUUUUUGAGAAAUUUACACUCCACAACAUUUUUUACAAAUUAAUUACAAAAAUACCAUACAUAAUUUAAUUUUACAUAAAUACCUUGUUUUUUUU